UAUCCGGCCAGGUCUCCGCUUCUCUACCCGCCUCUUUUGCGUCAUUAGAGAUCGACGGCGCCGGGAGCUGUUGGAGUCAUCCAGGAGCGCUAGGCGGCCUGGCUAAAGUUAAGGGUGGCGUACCGAACCCGGCGGAAUCUGACCUCCCCUAUGGCCCUGCGAGCACUGACCCGUACUCUGGGCUCCUUGAGCCUGGCGCCACCGCCCGCCGCCACCCCAGUCCUUCUCCCGAGCCUGCUCCCCGCCACUCAGGUGAUAAAGAAUGCCUUCCUCCAGUCACCCUCUGCCUCGAUGUUGCUCCCCUGCCGCCCAAUCCUUACUUCUGUGGCCCUCAAUGCCAAAUUUCAGUCCUGGAAGAGUCGUACCAAGUACACCAUUACACCAGUGAAAAUGAGGAAGUCUGGGGGCCGAGACCACACAGGCCGCAUCCGAGUGCAUGGCAUUGGUGGAGGCCACAAGCAACGCUAUCGCAUGAUUGAUUUUCUGCGUUUCCGGCCGGAGAGUGAGACCAAGCCAGGACCUUUUGAGGAGAAGGUCAUUGAAGUUCGAUAUGAUCCCUGUAGGUCAGCAGACAUAGCUCUGGUAGCUGGGGGCAGCCGGAAACGCUGGAUCAUUGCCACAGAAAAUAUGCAGGCUGGAGAUAUAAUCCUGAACUCUGACCACAUAGGACGGAUGGCAGUUGCUGCUCGAGAAGGGGAUGCACAUCCUCUUGGGGCCCUGCCUGUGGGGACCCUCAUCAACAAUGUGGAGAGUGAACCAGGCCGGGGAGCCCAGUAUAUUCGAGCUGCAGGUACAUGUGGUGUGUUGCUGCGGAAGGUGAAUGGAACAGCAAUCAUCCAGCUGCCCUCUAAGAGGCAGAUGCAGGUGCUAGAAACGUGUGUGGCAACAGUGGGCCGAGUAUCCAAUGUGGAUCAUAACAAGCGGGUCAUUGGCAAGGCGGGUCGGAACCGCUGGCUGGGCAAGAGGCCUAAUAGCGGGCUAUGGCACCGCAAAGGGGGCUGGGCAGGCCGGAAGAUCCGGCCCCUGCCCCCCAUGAAGAGUUACGUGAAGUUGCCGUCGGCUGCUGCCCAAAGCUGAUAACUGAUAGCCCUGGAAUCUAAUAAAGUGCCUCACCCAGUUUUA